AUGCCACCCAUUGCUCUAAAGUUUAGCAGUGAUGCUGCCCCUUUUGAUUCAGAAAGCGAGCUUCAAAAAGCAUGGCAAGUGUGCACCAAGGUCAAGGAUGCGUUAGACAAUGGAUCUCGCUUGGAAAAUAUGUCAUGGCGUUUGUGGUUUGUGCGUAACGCGGAUAACCAACAACAACAAGAACAGCAACAUUAUCAUCAGGAUCGUAUGCAGCAUAUCAUGAAUGAGUUAUGGGCCAAUGAUAAUGACGACAACACCAUGGAUACAAUGGUUGCUACCGAGAACAAAGAACCGGUGCAGCAACAACAGCCAACAACAGAGGUCCCUUUUACAAUGGUUGAUGAAAUCCAAGAACCCGAAGCUUCACUUUCUCUUCCUUCCUUAUCACCUCCUUCAAACCAUACAACACCUUUAUUCUAUGAUGCUCAACGUGAAUACCGCAGGCUUCUUUGGCAGCAACAACUCGAUCAAUUACAACAGCUUUGUUUGCAUAACAGCCUCAAGGCGAUUGAAUCGGAUGCAUCAUCCGCAGCGGCGGUAGUCCAGGAGCAGCAACAAAUAACACCUGCACCACCACCGACAUCAUCAUCAACAUGCCACACAAGCAGCAGCAGCAAGAUGGCGUCUUGUCGUAAUGCAUACAGCAUUGGAACGAUUCAUUUUCCGCAACCACAACAGCGAACGAAAAAGGCAUCUAUUAGACGGUCGCUACCAGUGCAAUCGUCAUCAUCCUCUCCUGUGUGCAGUAAUUGCGAGACUACCACCACCCCGCUUUGGAGACGGUCUGCAGACGACCAAUUGUUAUGCAAUGCGUGUGGCCUAUAUCUUAAGCUGCAUAAUGCACCCCGUCCAAAGCAUUUGAAGCCACAUUCUGGUCGACGCAUCGGUGCUGUUGGUAUUGACAACGACCAAGACUCGCUACCCAUGUGUUCAAAUUGUGCUACCACAACCACUCCUUUAUGGCGUCGAGAUGAAAAUGGAGCUCCUCUUUGUAAUGCUUGUGGUUUAUAUCUCAAGCUGCAUCAUGCCAAACGACCCUUGUCUUUGAAAAAUAAUACAAUUCGGAAACGUCAACGAGUGGAUCAUCCAUCCCCUUAUGAAAAGAAACCCAGGAGCAAUAAUGCAACAACAACACAACAACAGCUAUUCCCUUCUUCUUCUUCUACCACCUUCUUUUGUUAA